AUGAUAACGCUUGCCUGUAGUCUCGCUGGGACAAGGACACUAGUGCAUGGCGCCAUCGAUAUCACCUGCGAUGCGGAGAAGGGCAACCACAUCGACUGGGAUGGCGUGUUUGGACCGGGUUCGCUGGACGAGGUGAGGCUUUCCGGCGCUGUCGAGGGUCGGGCGGUCUGGCCCAGCAACCUGAAGCCUGUGGCUUGGCACAGGGACGCUGACCGGGUGCGGAUGAAGCUCGGGCUUUACCACAAGACUGACCAGGUCUACGACGGGAAGGUGGAAUACCGAGACAUCUCUAUCGAAGGACCCAACGGGAUUAUUCGCACCAGCCCUGAACCCGACCACGAGGGGCACCUCUACGUUGGUUGCUUCGCGGACGACGAUGACGACCACGUGUUCUCGGGAAAGAAAUAUGUCGACGCACACAUGACCAAUGAGAUGUGCGCCGACCUGUGCGACGGCACCAGGUACUUCGGGACGCAAGGCGGCACUGAGUGCUGGUGCUCCGCUUCGAAGGAUAGGCCCCGCAAGCACGGCAAGUCGAAGAGCUGCAACAAGGCCUGUCCCGGCACCAGUCGCACCGAGACGUGCGGAGGGCGUAGCUCGUUGUCCGUCUCAAGUUCGAGGGCGAGCCGGAGGACGUCCCGAGGGGCUCCAAGUACAUGGGUUGCUUCGCGGACGACAUCCACAACAACAGAGCGCUGA